CAAGUGAUCAGUCGGCCUGUAUUUUGAAGGCGCUCCAAGCGGCCAUGUUGGGCGUCCCAUAAUGUGGCUGGUUUCAUUUACAGAGAAACGAAGGCAGGUCCUCCUGUAGGUCCUGAAGGCAGCUGCAGCAGCGGAGCGCCUGCAAGAGCCGAGGACGAAAAUGUCGAGCUACUCGAGCUAUUCCAGGGUGAUUCAUCACGCCACGAGUAUAUUAUGCAGCCAUAAAGGCUCCAUGGACUUGGCGCAGCUGCACAGGAAGGUCUUCCAGCGCUUCGACAUCAGCGACGAAGAUUUUUGGUACAUCGUGAAAAAAUGCCCGAGGUUCGCUGUCGUUGUCCGGAACGAGCAGACGGCGGAGACCGGGGAGGCUGGCUGCACUAUAGUGGCCAAAACGUCCCUCCGCCUGUGUAAGAACUACGCCAAGCAGGAGUGCUCCGGCUGUCAGGACCUGCAUUUGUGCAAGUAUUUCGUUUACGGCAACUGCAGAUAUGGAAAAGGAAGGAAGGAGUGCAGGUUCUCUCAUAAUAUUCAGUCAGAGCACAAUUCUCCCCUCCUCCGGGAGUGCACCCUUCAUGAACUUCACGAGGAAGACCUCUUCCUCCUCCUCCUACAGAAUGACCCCUCGCUACUGCCUGAGGUGUGCUCUCACUACAAUAAAGGUUCGGGGCUGUUCGGGGCCUGCACCUUUAAGGAGCGCUGCACUAAGGUGCACAUUUGUCAGCACUUUGUGCAGGACGACUGCAUCUUCGGCGCCAAAUGCAAGAGGCUCCACAGCGUAGACGAGUACAGCCGCAGGAUGCUGGAGGAAAGGGGACUCAGCAGUGACAUCAUCCUGGACCUGCCUUACCUGUACCAGAAUGUCUACCACCUCAACUCCCAUGGACUGGACAGGGAGAGAAUAGCAAGCCUUUCAGAGAGACCUCUUUCACAAGCAGAAGAGAAGAGUGAGAUCUGUAUUCACUUCAUCAGGCGGAAUUGCAGGUUUCAAGAGCAGUGCAAACGGGUGCAUUUCAAUCUACCAUACAAAUGGGAGGUGUAUGAGGGCGAUGGCUGGAGAGAUCUGAGGGGGAUGGAGGAGAUAGAAAGAGCCUACUGUGACCCUAAGAAUGCACACAGUCCAGGCUCAAAGCCAGUGGACUUCCUAUCGAUGACGCGGGUGAGUGAUCCGGUGCGGCGUCUCUCAACAGCGUCAUCUGUCACGAAGCCGGCCCAUUACAUCCUGACCACGCAGUGGUUGUGGUACUACAAAGGAGACCACGAGAACUGGAUCGAGUACGGCAGGCCGGACGAUAAGCAGCGUGUGACAUCUGUAACGUCCCGUGAUCUGGAAGAAGCUUUUCUGACAGACAACACAGCAGAGGUCACGGUCAUAAAGGGCAACAGGCAUUACUUCAUCAGUUUCCAAGAUAUGUACCAGCGGAACCCCAAACACAACACGAAGAGGCGAGUCCGCCGGCGGCCACGCUUUGUUUCCAUCAGUGAGGUGGAGAGCAAAGUAGCGCAGUCAAGCAGUCCACACAAACACCCUUCCACAUAUGCAUACUGAUAUUCUUCACAGAUACCUGACAUACACAUUCAGAUAUAGCGCGGAGUACCAAACAGUCAACGUGACCACAUUUGCAGGACAUUUCCCACGUAUGUUUGUAGUGACCAGUGACUAGUUGUGAUUUAUGAUGUAUAACUAGUAAAUACUUUCUGAACAUUAAGGAAAGUGUAAAAUGACAGUCAGCAAUAAUGAAAUGUACCCGAUCAUGUUAGCGGCAAGAUUUAAAGCCUGUGCGUUCUUCCACUUUGUGAUUUCUGCAGCACUGAUUAUGGACUGUUUUGUACAACUCUGGCAAAAGGUCUUAUUGGCAAACAGCUGGACUGGGUUGCACCAGGUUUGCGUAAGUUUAUACUUCAGUUUGUGCGUAAAGUCUUUACUUAGUCAAAUGAGCCUUUUACUGAAUUUGGUUGCACCACAAAUCCGUAAGUUGUGUUUUAACUGUUAACAACUAAACGAUGCGUGAGUCGCUUUAGCAUGACGAUAACAUGCUCAGAACCGAUCGAUAAACCUGCUGCCGGAGAAACGCAACCUCAGCUUCUCUGAGUUUUCCAUAGAAGAGAACGAUGGGGACAAGUUCAACUAUAUAAAACUAAUGAUCUACAGUCACCACCUGUUUAUUCUUUAAUAUUUCCCUGAGGAAACCAAAUAUGCAGAUUUUUAAAUGGUUUCCGGAUUAUCGACACGACAGCAGCCUCAGUUUGGCCGUUGGUGCAGCUGCUGAGUCUCACUGAGCUGGAGCUGUGUGUGUUUAGCUUCAUGCUCUGAGUUUUAACCAGGCCGAUGAUUAGAGCUGGAAGUAAAAUCACACCUUGUAACAUCUGGAAUUUUUAGCUUUGUUAACCAAAAGAGUUUUGGUCUGUUUUUGGUAUUUUUGUGCUUUCUAUGUUGUUUCUGAUGGUGUUCCGAACCCUUAUACCUGCUGAGGAGGAGGUCUAAAUAUGUAGUAAGUACUAAACUCAACAUUGAAACUAAUUUGUGUGGUGCAACCCAUUUGGACUUAGUAUUACAUAAAGCUGAACUUAGCAAAGACUUGCGUUACAACUAGACUAUGUUUGAACUUACAUACAGCUGUUGCAACCGGACACUGAAGUCUGUUGGGCCUUCGCUGCCGUUAAUAUUGCAAAGAUUCUGUAAAAACUGUGUUACUGAUAAAGGAAUUGGUGAGUCCUACAGGCUCCAGGUCAACAUUUUUAACGUUACUGACAGACAUUACAUUAGGUAAUACAUAUUGGAAACCAGCUAUAACAACCUGGAUAAAAGGGUUAAAUGAAACUGAACAUUUCUUCCAUGCAUUACGUUUGCAGUUGCUUAUUAUUCUCAUGUUUUCACAAGUCACAUUUCACUGUUAAGCCUGCAGUGGCCCCAAAAAGUAUUUGAAUACAUGAACUUCUUUACAUUACUUAGUAAUACGGCUAACAAAGUAAAAAAAAAAAAACUUUUAGGACAACAUUGAACUGAAAAUAGACUCAAAUGGAGAAAGCCUGGAGAAGAGCUCCACCCAGACUGCGUGGUGGAAACGUCGAAGCCUGGGGCUGUUUUUUUACUUUCAGUGGUGCUGGUCAGCGUUCAUCGACGAUCAUGAACUCGGAGGUGUGCAGAGGUGUUGCGGACGCAGACCUGCAGAAGAAACGGCUUAAACCAACAGCCAACAUACCUUUUGAAAGAUGCUUGAGUGAUCUGUUUUUAAAAAGUGCCACUCGGCAUUUGGCAUGCUAAGGCCAGAUUCACGAAAGCUUUCUUAUGAAAAAGAAGUGCAUAUUGUUGUUGUCGGGAGAAAACCUUGUAUCUCCAAAUUGUAACUUUACAGGAGAAGGAAAAAACCUGCUUUACUUUUAAUGUAAGUCAAUGGAACCAGAACUUUUUCCAAGGCACUUCGGGUCAUUUCUUUUACUCCAUUCUUCAUCAAAUUUACGCACAAUGUAAAGGGUAACAGGCUUUUUCAAAUUAUGCCAAAAACUGGAAAACAAGAAAAAUGGAGAUACAAGGUUUUCUUCUGACAACAGCGAUGAGAACGUUCUUGCAUGCAGUUCUCAAAAUGAAGUUCUCAGACAUUCUCUUCAGGAAUACCACUUAUUAGUCUUAAGAAAAUAGUUAAGAACAGAAAAAAAGAGAAUUCUUACGUUUUUUUUAUGAAUAAUAAUUCCAUGUAACGCUUUUCUUAAGAAUGAAGUUAAGAAAAAAUACGCAUUUAAGAACAUUUUCUCUCUUAAGACACUUUCAUGAGUCCUGGCUGGUUCCUAACAGGAUAAAUGAGAGGCCUUUUUAUGGAUGGCACGAAUGUCCAAAUACUUGGGGCCACUGUAUACAGAGUGAAAUAUAAUAUAAAGUGCUGCUUAUCGUUUCAUAUUUCUUCUUAUUUGUGCUUUUAUUUGUAACCUGGUGUGUUGGGCUGUUUCUAUUUCUAUCGAAUAGUAUUUCAUUCCUCAGAUGUGCACUUUAUUUUUUAUGGUCUGCAUCCAUGCUCAUCAAUAAACGUGUAUCGUGUCCCGGC